GCUAUUGGCUUGCAGCUUAUGCAAUGUUACGGUGACCAGUGCAAGAAUUUUACAACGGCACAUUGAAGGACGGAAGCAUAGAAUGAAGGUGGAACGAAUUGGAAAAAGUUUUAUUUGUGAAAUAUGUAAUAUACACAUGAACAGCGAAAUACAGUUAAAGAUACAUUUAGAUGACAACCAACAAGAACAAUCAACAACAACUGCCAACUGCAACAACAACCAACAACAACAACCAACAACAAUAACCAACAACAACAAUCAACAACAACAACCAACAACAGCCAACAACAACAAUCAACAACAGCAACAACCAACAACAACAGCUACAACAACCAACAGCAGCAACAACAUCAGCAACAACAGGGACAACUGCAACAACAACACCAACAACAACAGCAACAACAACAGCAACAACAGCAGUAACAACAGCAACAACAACGGCAACAACAACAACUGCAAGAGCAACGGCAAUGGCAACCGCAACGGCAACAGCAACGGCAACGGCAACAUCAACGGCAACCUGAACCGCAAAGCGGCAGAAACAGCAACACCAACAUCAAUAGCAAUAGCAAUAAUAACAAUAAACAGUAAACAACAAUAA